AUGAAAACUGGGCAAGUGCAGCUCCUUUCUGUUCUGAAAGCAUGCCAAAGCUAUGUUUGCAAUCUCUCACAACUCACAAGAUCGGCGGCUGCUCGGACGCCUCUCGUCGGUCCUCCGGAGCUCAAACUACCGGUAACAUCACAACUGUCACUGCCACAACCCCAAUUAGCACACCAACCCAGCCCAACCCCCUCCGCGAAGGAGGUCCCGUACUCCUUCGGUAACCCCUGCCACAAUCUCUAUUUCCACGUGGUAGGCAACGAACCUGAGAGCCAUGAGCAUCUGAACCAACUGCUUCCGGAGGCCUGGUCCCACAAUCCCCUAACCACCCUUAAGCUCAUCGGUAACCUGCUAGACAACCACCACCUAACUGGAAAAGGCUACGACGAAUUGUUUUACACGGCAGCGUUUUGGCUCUACCAGAACCACCCCAAAACCCUAGCGCACAACGUGGUGCCGAUCGUCGGGUCUUUGGGGGCUUUUGAAAACAUUCUUGAGGUUCUUUACGGCAUUGUAGAUGUCAAUGCCAAGAGCAAGAGGACAUCGAGGGAACACGAUUGCUAUUUUGAGUACAUAAACUUGAUACAGGAGAAGGCAGGCGACACGGGGACUAAAAGAUGUAUCGCGAUGGCUAGAAAUGCUGUCGACAUGUAUGAGCGUGACCCCAAUUAUCAAUUGUUACACGAGAGGGUUUCGGAUGUUUACGCUGAGUGCUUGAAAUGUGAUAUCCAAAAUUUGAAGGAAUAUGAGAAGCAGAAGCUGGAUAAUGACAAUGAUCCUAAGGACUCCGAGGUGUUGGAGUUAACCUCUGCAGCGAAAUGGUGCCCUUCUGUUGAUUCUUUCUUUGAUCGCGCGACUUUGAUAUGCGAGAGCAUUGCAAAGAAGGUGUUCCCGCGAGAGGAAUUCGUAGAGGGUGUUAGUGUUGAGGAGGAGGCAAAUUAUGUGUCCAGGGUCCGAGAGAGGCUGAUGCGUGAGGUUUUGGAGCCUUUGAGGGCAGCCAUAGCGAAAGGCUAUAAAGAUAAUACUCGAAGAUGGCAAAGGUUAACCCCGAAGAGCAAGUUUGUGCAGACGGACUUUCCAAAUGAUUUUAAUCCAAGAGUGUCAAGGUCAGCAAUUGUUAAGUAUUUGGAGGAUGUCAAAGCUGGAGGCAAGUCGAAGAUUGAAGCAGGUGCCAUGCUUCCAGAUGAGAUCAUAAGCAAUGUGCACGACCACAAUUAUGGGCAACUGGCUGAGCAUCAGUGGAAGGCAAUGGUGGAGGAGAUCUUUUUAAAAGAGGGGAAGUGGAAAAGCUGCUUGGCUGUGUGUGACGUCUCCGGAAGGAUGUGUGGUAACCCCAUGAAUGUGUCAUUGGGUUUGGGACUGUUGGUGUCUGAACUGGGUGAAGAGCCAUGGAAAGGAAAGGUCUUCACUUUUAGUCGAAACCCUCAACUACUUACCAUACAAGGGGAUGGUCUUAAGUCCAGGUGCACGUUCAUGAGGAUGAUGGACAACCAGGACUGGGAUGGCGAAACUGAUUUUCAGAAGGUGUUUGAUUUGAUUCUGAACGUGGCUCUGAAUGAAAAUUUGAAGCCAGAGCAAAUGAUCAAGAGGGUGUAUGUGUUCACCAGCGACCAAGAUUUUGAUGAUGCUUCGGGCGGUAGCUGGAACACAGAUUAUGAGGCAAUACAAAGAAAGUACAAGGAGAAAGGGUACGGAGAUGUGGUGCCACGCAUAGUGUUUUGGGAUCUGAACGAUGACAAGUACCCUAUGGCACUUCCUGCAGAACAAGGGGUGGCCACAUUGGCUGGCUACUCCAAGAAAUUUUUCAAGUUCUUCUUGGACAAUGAUGGGGAUAUUGGGCCCGACCAUGUCGUGGAAGCAGCCAUCUCUGGCGAACGGUACCAAAAUCUGGCUGUAGUGGACUAA